ACUUAAGUUGCAAUCCACCUUAAUUAAUAAGACCUUUUUCUCUUGAUGUCUCUCUCGUUCUCUGUUUCAUCUCACUCCUCUCUCCAAUAUAAUGAGCUAAGGCCCUACCCAUCAUUUCCUCUGGUUUUCAGAUCUGCGUGUCAUAGCCAUGGCAGAUAAGAAAGUUACAAUAAUGGUGAUUAAGGUCGAUCUUGGGUGCGAGAAAUGCAAGAAGAAAAUCAAGAAAAUACUCUGUAAUAUACCUCAAAUCCAGAAUCAAAUAUAUGAUGAAAAGGCCAACACAGUGACAAUCACUGUAGUCUGUUGCAGCCCUGAAAAGAUCAAGAAAAAGAUAUGCUGUAAAGGUGGUGAUACUAUAAAGGGUAUUGAGAUAAAAGAACCAGAGAAGCCUAAACCGGCGCCAGAAAAACCCAAAGAAGCACCAAAAGAGCCCGAGAAAACUAAACCUCCACCAGAAAAGCCUAAAGAAGCUAAACCUGAUAAGCCUGUAGUAGUUAUUGUUGAACCACAACCAAAAGAGCCCGAGAAAACUAAACCUCCACAAGAAAAGCCUAAAGAAGCUAAAUCUGAUAAGCCAGUAGUUAUUGUUGAACCACCAAAAGAAAAACCAAAAGAAAAACCAAAAGAUCCUGCCGCGCCUCCUAAGGCUCCUGAAGCGGCAGCUAAACCUCCUGAAUCGGCUUCUAAGCCACCUGCACCGGCUCCUAAGGCUCCUGAACCUGUCCCAUGUUACCCACCACAGGUGAGGGCAUGUUGCAUGGAAUGUUAUGGAGGACACGGUGGAGGCCCAUGUUGGGACGGAUAUGGAAGGCCAGCCCCAUGUUACGGAGGUUACGAGGCUUAUGGACGGCCAGUGUAUGACAGUUGGGGCGGUGGCUAUGGCUACAACUACAGUAGUUGCCGGAGGGGAUGUUAUGUGGGUAGAUGCGAUUGCCUGAGUGAAGAAAAUCCCUCAGCAUGCAGUGUCAUGUGAAAAUGGAGGUCAUUGUCAACGCCAUGGAAUGAUAUUCUAAUUGAUUUUGUUGAAAUACUGUGUCCUUUCUUGUUAAUUGCACAUGGGAUGAUGUUGGGGGAAGAUUAAUAAUAAAGUUUUGUAUCGGUGGACAAUAAAAUUGUUCAUUUUAUAUUCGCAUAUCCGAAGGUUGUUAAAAAAAUUAAUACAUUAAAAUUUCCAUAUCAA